GCACUCGAGUAUACUUCGUCGCGCUCCGCCGCUCUCCUCAGCCCGUCUUUCGUCGCGCGACGCAGCGUCCAUGGUGCACCGCGACAUCGUCAUCCGCCUCCAUGGCAAGACGGCCACGCUGGCCUUCACUGACAGCGCGCUCACCGUCGCGCGCGGCGCCGCCACGGACACCUCGUCCGCCCGCUCCGCCAGGUCCAGCGACUCCGCCUCCCGGUCCAAGUCCGACGUCGAGGUGCCGCUGAGGAACGUGCUCGGCGCGGAGUUCGACGAGAAGACGCGGGAGAUCGUGAUACACUUUGUGUCGCGGAAGAAGAAGAACGGCAAGGGCCCGCAUGUGCUGGUGAAGAUCACCGGUGCGGUCAAGGAUGCGGAGAACUACACCGCGAAGCUUUGGGUGGACAACCUGCUGCAGAGCGUCUUUACUUCGUCUGGAGUGACGAACGGAAGGAAGCUGAAGGUUUUGGUCAACCCUCACGGAGGACAGGGCAAAGGUCUUGUCGUCUGGCGUAAGAGAAUAGAACCCAUCUUCAAGGCAGCAGGCUGUCAGAUCGACCUCACUAUCACCACCCACAACGGGCACGCGUACGAUCUCGCGAAGACCCUCGCGCUCGACUACGAUGCUGUAGUCACCGUUUCCGGGGACGGUCUUAUUCAUGAGGUCCUGAACGGCUUCGCGGCGCAUGAGCAGCCCACCAAAGCCCUUUCAAUCCCCAUUGCGCCCAUCCCUACCGGCUCGGGGAAUGGCAUGGCCCUCAACCUGCUUGGUCUGGCGGACGGCUUCGACGUGGUUGCGGCAGCCCUGAAUGCUAUCAGAGGCCAUCCUAUGCCAGUCGACCUAUUCUCCAUCGUACAGGAAGGCAAACGCUCUGUGUCGUUCAUGUCGCAGGCUUUAGGCCUCAUGGCCGACCUCGACCUCGGCACAGAGCACCUGCGCUGGAUGGGUGAUGCUCGGUUCGUCUACGGCUUCAUCCGUGGCGUCCUCUCGCAGAAACCCUGUCCGAUUGAGCUGUACUACAAGCCCGCGGAGACCGACCGCCAGAAGAUGUACAAGGCGCUCCAGGACCGGCACGCCACGCAGGCGACGCACCAGGCGCACGCCUCGACGGCGUCCGUGUCCUUCGCCGUCAGGCCCUCAUCGCCGUUCUCCUCUCCCGCGACCCCCUUCGCGAGCUCGACGCCGUUCUCGGGCGGUCCGGCGAACUCGUUUUCGGGCCCCGCGAGCCCGACGUCGGCGUCUACGCCCUCUGAUCGGAGGCCUAAGUCACCGAUGUCGGAGGAUGGGGAGGACGGGCUGCCGCCGUUGGUGUAUGCGAAGUCCGGCGGUGGCAGCGAGAGUGGCGAAGACGGCUGGACGAAGUUCGAGGACCCGAUCCUGUUUGUGUAUGCGGGGAAGGGACCGUAUGUGGCGCGCGACAUGAUGGCGUUCCCGGCGUCGCUGCCAGACGAUGGGUUGAUUGACGUAACGAUUCAUCCUAUGGCGCCCAUGGGCGAGCUACUUGGUGCGCUGAACGGCGCGGAUAAGGGUGACUUGUUCUGGAGGAAGAGGCUCACCUACCUCAAAGCGCACGCCUUCCACGUCCGCCCCGUCGCCCCCGCGCCCAACCGCGAGCCGCAGGGCAACCUGUCCGUCGACGGCGAGCGCUUCCCGUUCAAGGAGUUCACGGUCGAGGUGCACCAGAAAUUGGGCCGGCUGAUGAGCAUGCACGGCAUGUAUGUGAGCGAUUUUGGGAAGGAGGGGGCGAGUGGGAAGGGGAAGGAUGCUGCUAAAGCCACCACCGCGGGGAAGCCGGACGACGUCGCGAAGGGCAAGGCACCAACGAACGGUGUCGCCCUCGCUCCUCCUCCGGCGGGGAAGCUCGCGAAAACUGCCCAGGCGCCCGUCGCGGAGGCGGCUGUGGCUGCCCCGAAGGAGGUGACAGAGACCGGAGUUGCCCCCGAGGUCACGAAUGGCACCGCAAAGGAUGUGGAGGCGACACCAGCGACGGAUGUAGCCACCCACGAGCCAGCGACAGGUGUAGUCACCCACGAGCUGGCGAAGGAAGCUGAAGAGCCGAAAGCCGGAAUCCCCGUCGAAAAGGCGGACGAGACGACUUGCAGGGCUGCACCCAAUGGAGAUGCGCCUGCGUCCUCCGCGACUGCGCAAGUUGCGGAAGAGCACUGAGGUCGCCCGCCUCGCGCUGGAGCUCUUGCAGCUGCCUCGCUCGCGACGAGUGUCCCGCUAAACGCGUGGGCCGAUCGUACAAAACCUCGCUCUCUACCAUGGCGCCUCAUUGCCACCCGCCAAUAGCAGAAAAACACAAAGCGACAGCGAGCAACUUGAUGGCGACCACUUCAACACAGUCAAUUUCGACGCUGUCAGCAAUCGACAUCGACACUCAUCAUCAACUCUCGACACUUAUCAUCAUCAACACCGUGUCCAUCAACACACAAACCACAGCCUAUAAUGCACAUAAUGAACAAAGCUCGCGUGUCCUGUAUAUGCAAACAUUCCUUCG